AUGGGUGAGGCAGUUCCGGCUCACUGCUGCAUCCUGUCAGCUUACAGCCCCUUCUUCACAGAGCGCCUGGAGCGGGAGAGGCCAGCUCAGGGUCGGAAGGUGGUGCUGGAGCUGGGCGGCCUGAAGAUCAGCACACUUAGGAAGCUGGUGGACUUCCUGUAUACCUCAGAAAUGGAAGUAUCUCAAGAAGAAGCCCAGGAUGUGCUAUCUGCUGCCCGUCAGCUCCGUGUGUCUGAGCUAGAAUCCCUUCAGCUUGAGGGUGGAAAGUUGGUGAAGGCCCCACAGGGCCGAAGACUGAACCGGGAGUGCUUACAACCAACAAGUGCUGCACCAAUCUCUGCCAGAGUGGUGACACCCAGCCACCACCCUCACACCCCAAUGCCUGCUACUCGGACUCCUUGUCCUCUUGGGGCAAUAAGUUUGGUGAAGGAAGAGGGGCCUCAGGAGAACAACCGACAGAAUGCAGACAAUUUGUCUGGCACUCUUCUGCUGAAGAGGAAGGCCAGAGCCUGCCCAACUCCACAAGAAAAAAGCUCUUCACCAUCAAGCCAUAGUCAAGGGCCUAGAGAGAACAAGAAUGACACUGCCCUUCAUCCUACAGUGCUCUCCUCACCCAGCUUGUACCCCUCUGUGGACAAACACCUGCUGCCCAGAAAGAUCAGGCUCAGUCGCUCAAAGCCAUCUCCUGAUAUCUGUACAUCAAAGCCUUCCAGCAUUUUAAGUGGAUCUAGCUCAGUACCUGCAACCCCUGGCCGGCGUCUUUGGCGGCAGAGGAGUGUAAAUAAAGAAGCCCCAGAGGACAAGCUAAAACCAGGGAGAGCUAGUCCUCUACAGACCACCCCAAGCCCAUCUGGUCUGGGAAAGACAGGUGGGAGCAAGAAGCGGAGCCCUGAAGUCAGGGCACCUAACUCAGACUCUGCAGAGGAGGGGCAGGUUGGGAGAGUUAAACUUAGGAAGAUUGUCAAUGGAACUUGCUGGGAAGUGGUGCAAGAACCUCCCCUCAAAAACUCUCAAGAUAGCCCCCAGAUCCCAGAUCCUGGAGACUUCCAAGAGCCUUCAGGAACUCAGCCAUUCUCCAGUAAUGAGCAGGAAAUAUCAUCUAGUAGAAUAGAACUGUGUCAGGACUCCCCCGUGUGCACUAGGCUACAAGACAUUCUGGUCUCUGCUAGCCACUCCCCAGACCACCCAGUGGUGAAGUCAGAGUUUGGGUCCAGUCCAGAACUGGUAGAGAAGGAACCUAUGUUGGCUAUUGACUGCAGAGAGCCCUAUGCAUUUGACACAGCCUUGCUGGAGCAACCCUGUGAGGCUGAGGAGUACCGAAUCACAAGUGCUGCUGCCACCAGUGAGCUGGAGGAGAUCCUGGACUUCAUGCUCUGUGGCUCAGACAUUGAACCACCUAUAGGGUCUCUGGAGAGUCCUGGGGCUGAGGGCUGCAGAACCCCUACCUACCAUCUGACAGAAACAGGAAAGAACUGGAUGGAAGGGGAAGAAUGGUGUCUACCAGACAUGGAACUCUGGCCCAGGGAGCUCACAGAAUUGGAAAAGGAACCUGCUGGUGAGAACAAAGAGCCAGCGGAGCUCCUUAGCCCCCUUGUCAUGCCCUCUGAGGUGAGUGGAGAAGUGCUUUCAGUAGAAGGCUCUUGGACACCAGACCUUGAAAUUACCAGCUCCCAGCCACUGGAUGGUCAGGAAGACAAACUUCUCCAUGUCAGCUCCCUUGAUACUCCCCAGAGGUCUUAUGGGGACCUCUCACCUCCCUGCUCAAACUGGGUGGAGACUGGGCUGGAAGUCUCCCUGACUACAGAUGAGUUAUUAUAUCCUUCUCCCAAGGCAGGCAAGGAGGUAUCUGGUCACUCUGAACUACUAGGCUCACUUCCUGCGAGCUCUGAAGAGGAAGAGAUUGAUGUGGUGGACUGGACAGCAGAGGGGAGGCUGGUACCCACUAGUGUUCCCUCCGUAUGGCCUGACCCUUCCUCAGAGUCAGAAACAGAGGUAGAUAUACUAACAUAGUGGAGGGGGGAGGGCAGGUGAGGGGCCCUGGGAGGGUGGGAAGUGUUAGCUAGCAAAAAGCUUACUGACAGAGAAGCUGGCACAUGCCCUCUCCUCUUGGCACAAGAGGCAGGUGUACCCCUGGCUCUUCGUAGGUCCCUUCCUCCCCUCCCUGCCUCGGAAGCCAGGCAGAAGCCAAGAGUACCACACAUAGAAAAUUAU